AUGGAUCAAUCGAGAAAAGACUUCAAGAAACUGGUUUCGGAGGUGAAGAAGGAGCUCAGACGCGAAAUUGACGAGGACAGAAUCGCUUGGCUUGACAAAGAGUGGCAGGGGCCAAACUGGCUCCCCGCAGAUGUCGUGCGGCCUCACAAGCCUUGCCGGAGUGUUGUCCGAUGCCUGAAGAACAUCACUGAGCUUGCCAUAAUGGGAGAAAUCGCGUUAUCUUCUCUCUGGGAGCCUGGCGGAUUUAUCAGGAGUGUUGUCGACCAGGACCUUCCACCAGGAAACCUGCAUUCAGAUCGAAGCACAAGCAUCCGAACUUUACACGCCUUACCAAGAAGAUGGUGA